AUGGCUAGCCCCACGGAUAAUAGCGAGGGUUUCUUCUCAGAUGUCAGGAAGGUGGGUUACUUGCGCAAACCCAAGAGCAUGCAUAAACGAUUUUUCGUGCUGAGGGCAGCCAGUGAGUCUGGACCCGCCCGGCUGGAGUAUUACGAGAAUGAGAAGAAAUGGAGACACAAGUCAGGGGCCCCCAAGCGCUCCAUCCCACUAGAAAGCUGCUUCAACAUCAACAAACGGGCUGACUCCAAGAACAAGCACCUGGUGGCCCUCUACACCAAGGACGAGCACUUUGCCAUAGCAGCUGACAGCGAGCCCGAGCAGGAGAGCUGGUACCAAGCACUGCUGCAGUUGCACAACAGGGCCAAGGGCCACCAUCACCUCCAUCACCAUCACCACCACCACCACAGUGAUGUCACCUUCGGAGGCAGCAGCAUGGGACUGGGGGAAGCAGGUGAGGAUAGCUAUGGUGAGGUGGCCCCUGGCCCGGCUUUCAAGGAAGUUUGGCAAGUAAUUCUGAAGCCUAAGGGCCUAGGCCAGACAAAGAACCUGAUUGGCAUCUACCGCCUGUGCCUGACUAACAAGACCAUCAGCUUCGUGAAGCUGAAUUCAGAUGCGGCUGCUGUGGUGCUGCAGCUGCUCAAUAUCCGUCGCUGUGGUCACUCUGAGAACUUCUUCUUCAUUGAGGUGGGGCGUUCGGCUGUCACCGGUCCCGGGGAGUUCUGGAUGCAAGUGGAUGACUCGGUGGUGGCGCAGAACAUGCACGAAAAAAACAUGCACGAAACCAUACUGGAGGCCAUGCGAGCCAUGAGUGAGGAAUUCCGGCCCCGCAGCAAGAGCCAGUCCUCCUCCAACUGUUCCAACCCCAUCUCCGUGCCCCUUCGCAGCAGGCAUCACGUCAACAAUCCUCCGCCUAGCCAAGUGGGGCUCAGUCGGAGGUCCAGGACCGAGAGCGUCACGGCCACUUCUCCUGCUGGUGGUGGAGGUGGUGGUACGGGUGGCAAACCCAGCUCUUUCCGGGUCCGAGCAUCGAGCGAUGGGGAAGGCACCAUGUCAAGACCUGCCUCUGUGGAUGGUAGCCCAGUUAGUCCCAGUGCUACCCGGACUCAUUCACAUAGACACCGUGGCAACUCCAGGCUCCAUCCUCCCCUCAACCACAGCCGGUCCAUCCCAAUGCCUUCGUCACGCUGCUCUCCUUCAGCCACCAGUCCAGUCAGCCUGUCAUCCAGCAGCACUAGUGGCCAUGGCUCCACCUCAGACUGCCUGUUUCCUCGAAGAUCGAGCGCUUCGGUUUCCGGCUCCCCUAGCGAUGGUGGAUUUAUUUCUUCUGAUGAGUAUGGUUCCAGCCCGUGUGACUUUCGCAGCUCUUUCCGCAGUGUGACCCCCGAUUCGUUGGGACACACUCCACCAGCCCGGGGCGAUGAAGACCUCAACUACAUCUGCAUGGGGGGGAAGGCCACGUCCUCCUGCUGCAGCCUGGCAGCCCCCAAUGGCCACUUCAUCCCGCGCACCUGCCAUCCUCAGCAGCAGCCUCGCUACCCUAGCACGCCCUGCUGUCCUCGAGGUGGUAGCGAGGAGGUCGCCGACCUGGAGAAGGCGUUCAGGAAGCGAACUCACUCUGCGGGCACUUCGCCCACCAUCUCGCACCAGAAGACACCCUCGCAGUCCUCGGUGGCCUCCAUCGAGGAGUACACGGAGAUG